UUUAGUCAUAAUUUUGUAAACAAUAUUGAAUGUUUUGUACCACCGUUUCAUAAGAUUUAAAUUAACAAAUGUUCCAAAUAUUAUUUGUAGUGCUAGCAACAGUGACGAGUGCCAUUAUUUUGAGAGCAAACUUUACAAAAUCAGCCACUGCCGUAAUGGCGAUGAGAGCCGCCGAUUUCGAAGUUUACGGAAGAGUUCAAGGUGUUUUCUUUAGGAAGUUUACCAAAGAACAAGCUCAGAAGUUGGGUCUUCGAGGUUGGUGUAAGAAUACUCAAGAAGGAACCGUAUUAGGACAUAUGCAGGGACCAAUAGAUAAAAUUGAAACAAUGAUGCAUUGGCUAAAAACUACCGGGAGCCCAAGCAGUAAAAUCGAGAAAGCAGAAUUCAGAAAUCAAAAGGAGAUCGCUGAGUAUACAUUUGAUAAUUUCGAUAUUCUCAAAGAUUAAUUAAUAUUUGUCAUAUUGUGCAAUCUCAAAAGGUUAUUUACUAAAUCACUAGAGUAUUUCUUUCCUUCAAAGAUUUAGGAAAUAAAAUAAUUAUUAACAACCAAUAUGAGAUAAUUUUAUACAAUUAUGUAUAUAUUGUAUUAUAAUUAUUCAUAUUGGAUAUUAUAUAAAAAAAUAACAUAAGCUAUAGCUUAUCCUUCUUUUUUUUAUUUGAGAAUUCUUUUAUUAUUUCAUUUUUAUAUUUACGAAUCAGUUUUUUGACAUAAAAGACGUUCCCCUAUAGUGAUUUAGUAGACUAUUGCAAAACCCAUGUGAAUUGCAUGAAAUUAGUAUUAUUAUUUAUUUAUUCCUAAUAUACUUUUAAAGUAAGA